UUCCUCCUCGCGCACGCGCUCGUCCCCCGAGGCCUAGACCUGCAGCGCCGGCGACCGCAGGUAGCGAGGAACACGACGACAGCGAUGGCGCUCAACCACGGAAUACGGGCCAGCCUCCGCUUCCUCGUCUCCACUGCUGAGGCCGCCUCCGCCCCGGCUUCUCGUGGAUUUCAUUCCACUGGAGUAAGGCAGAUGGGAGCACACGCGCAUGAAGAGCCAUACUACGUCCACGCCAAGCACAUGUACAACCUGCACAGGAUGAAGCACCAGCAGCUUAAGGUGUCCCUCGCCGUGCUGGCUGCUGUGGGCACUGGUGUUGGAGUCCCUGUGUAUGCAGUUGUUUUCCAGCAGAAGAAGACUGCCUCUGCGUAGUUUGAAGUCCAAAGACAGCUUAAAAUACCUGUCCAUGAGAUUUCUUUUCCCAUUUUCCCAUAGCAUUUUGAGAAGUUCAGUCUGGAGCUUCAGUUUUACUUGGCCAUUUCUCUAUUCUCUUCACAGGUUUACUCUUUACUUAUUGAUGAGUUUUGACGUAGGGACAACGAUAUCUGUUAAUAAUACAGUGGCCCGAACUUUUGCCAACAUGUGGAAAUGACAGAAACCAUAUUGUAAUACAUUCUAAUAUUUCUUCCUCAGUUUCCCUUAAUCUUAAAUGAAUCGAAUGUUAUGCCUG